AUCCGGCGGCUCCUUUAAGAAUUAGGGAUCUGGGAGUGACGCGGCAAUGAAAUCCAGUUGAUCCUUCUCUCGCUUUGCACAGAAAAAAGUAUUUGUGGCACCGCAAAGUAGCUCUCAAACCUGAAUCGGUUUUGUUUUGUGCCGCUCGUGAAUGUGGGAAAAGGAAUGACGCGCUUCUUUUUUUGAUCCUGUUUUGAACAUCUGGUACUCUUGUAAGUUUGGAUAUAACUUUUCAGCCUGAGAGAGAGAAGAGAGGGAGAGUGGAGCGGCUGGAGCUGAACAUGGACUGGGGAACUGAGCUUUGGGACCAAUAUGACAUCCUUGAUAAGCACACACAGUCUGGCCUGGACCUGGUGGAUAAAUACAUGAAGUUUGUAAAGGAGCGAACAGACAUUGAACAGAAUUAUGCCAAGCAGCUAAGGAAUUUAACCAAGAAAUACAGCCCCAAACGAGGCAGCAAAGAAGAGCAGGAAUGCAGAUUUUCCAAUCACCAGGCCUUUCUGGACAUCCUGAACGAGAUGAACGACUACGCAGGCCAGAGAGAGCUGAUCGCAGAGAACAUGAUGAUAAAUAUCUGCGUUGAGCUCAACAAGUACCUGCAGGAGCUCAAACAGGAGCGCAAGAUGCAUCUGUCAGAGGCCAAGAAAUCGCAGCAGUCUCUGGAGGCCAUGUACAAGCAGCUCGACAAUAGUAAAAAGCGAUUUGAGAGGGAGUGGAGAGAAGCAGAAAAGGCUGCUCAGUAUGCGGACAAAACAGAUCAGGAUCUCAAUGCCACCAAAGCCGAUGUGGAAAAGGCCAAACAGCAGGCGCAUUUGCGAACACACAUAGCAGAGGAUUGUAAAAACGACUAUGCUGCACAACUUCAGAAGUACAACAAAGAACAGAGUCAGUUCUACUUCACAGACAUGCCCCAGAUUUUCAAUAAGUUGCAGGACAUGGAUGAACGGCGUAUAAAGAAGAUGGCACAGGGCUACAUCCUGUUUGCCGAUACAGAGCGUCAUGUCAUGCCCAUCAUUGGGAAAUGCUUAGAGGGCAUGACCAGAGCUGGCACGAAUGUCAACGCGAGGAAUGACUCUGUGGUUCUUAUAGAGCAACAUAAGUCUGGUUUUGAGAGACCGGGUGAUCUGGACUUUGAGGACUACAGUCAAGGCAUCAACCGGGCCUCGUCGGACAGCAGUCUGGGCACUCCAAAAGGACCCUUAGAGCUGUUGGGCAAGAACAAGAAUAAAACAUUCCGGUUGUUCAAUAAGAAGAGCAAGCUCCCCUCAUCCUCGCUCAGUCCUUACUCCACACCCCCAAUCCCCACGCCUGCUAAUGGACCCCCUUCCCCCAAGUUUGGCCGGGACCCCCUGUCGUACUGUUUGAAGGAAAUCAAUAAGACAGUCAAACCCCGAAUCUCGUCUUUCCGGACCCUCAAGAGAACGCCGGUGGACACAGAAGGCUUCACUCAUCUUCCUCCAGAGCAGCGGCGCAAACGCCUGCAGCAGAAGAUCGACGACAUGAGCAAGGAGCUGCAGAAGGAAAUGGAUCAGAGCGAGGCUCUGGGUAAGAUGAAGGAUGUGUAUGAGAAAAACCCUCAGAUGGGAGAUCCUGCCAGUUUGGCUCCUCAGAUCGGUCAGACGGCACAGAACAUGGACCGGCUGAGAGGAGAGCUCAACAAAUACGAGUCGUGGCUGGCAGAAGCAGGAGGACGAGGAGACUCCAUACGAUACUCCACUCACUCGAUCAACAACAAUGGAGCUCACAACACAAACAGUCAUGAUGGUUCCUGUACACUCUUCAGUCCUGGAGCUCUGUCAGAUGAAACAGACCCUUCACAGGCCAUCUACACGGAGUUUGAUGAUGAAUUUGAGGAAGAGGAGCUCGCCACACCUAUCGGUCAAUGCACAGCUCUCUACAACUUCCCAGGCUCCAGUGAGGGAACCAUAUCCAUGCAAGAAGGAGAGGUGCUGGCUGUCGUGGAGGAGGACAAGGGCGAUGGAUGGACACGGGUGCGUAGAAACAAUGGGGAUGAAGGCUACAUCCCAACUUCCUACGCCACCAUCAUGGUUAACAAAUGACCCAGCGUACUAUAUACCAAACACUAGGAAUAGCUCCAGAUCAUCAGUCAUUAUGUCCAAACAUGGCUCCUUUGAGAAGAUAUAAGGGGGGACAAUCACUGCACAAAACUGCCAAUACACUCCUCUCUAUGGAUGAAUGAGCAUCUCAGGGUGUCUAUUAUGAGAGUAAAUGAGGUAGAGACGGUUGGAAUAAUUGUUCUGCUUAUUAAUACAACGCAGCAGGGGCGCCAUGUACUCCACAGACACAUCAGUUGCUGUGGUGGCUCUGCGUGACCGCUUCGAUAUAUCGGGAUGUUUUGUCUGAUGUGUUCACCACUAAGAUCUUCCAUCUGCAACUCGAUGAUGUGAUUCUGGGUCUGGAGCAAGAAGCGAAACUAUCUCCGCUGGCAGAAAUCCAGCAGCGUUUGAACUUGAAGUAUCUGCUUUGAUGAUCUGAGUGGCCUAAAAUUACAUUUUUACUGCAGUAAGUGUUGAAUAUGCUUUUUUAUAAGUGUGCGGUAACAUGAAAGCCACGUCAAUAAGACUUCUUAACAUUUUCUGUGUAUAGAAAAUAUUGAGCGCCCAAGUUAUGCUAAGUAGCUCUUUUUUUUUCCUCAAGUUGACAUACUCAGCAAUACAAAAUGAUGACAAUCAGAUAAAAAAGCCACACUUUUCAACUCUAAAACUAUGUACUGCAAUUAAUAGUUUGUUGAAAUUUAAAUAAUAUAAUUUAUUGAGUAAAUAAGUGCUUGUAUAUUAAAUAAACAUGUAUGUAAGAUGUAUCUGCACACUUUUGCUAUUUCCAAUAGGUCCACAACAAUGCAGAGCGUGUUCGAGAUGGUGAAAAACUAUUUUAGGCUACUUAUAAAUAUGUGGAAUAAUAUAUUUUAGAUGUUACAACACCACUAUGGUCUUAUUAGCUUUUUAUUCUUGACGAAUAAAGAUUGUAUAGUUAAGGAUAGAUUUUUAAACUCUGUGUUCAGCAUUUGUUUUGUUUAUCUUUUGAUCGAAUCCAAAGCAGAACUGUUGAAUGUCUGGCUAAGUCGAGGUGCCUUCAAAUGUUGUAUGUACCAUAUUCAGAAUACACUAUUUUAUUGUCUUCAUAAAUGUCAAGCACAUUUCCAAAUU